AGAGGCGGCGGCGGGAGGAAGGAGGAGGUGGUGGGGGUGUGAACCUGCGGUAGCUGCCCGCUGGGCUGGUGGUGUGGCCGUGUGGAAAGGACGUAGUUCUUAAUCCCUUCUCCCGGCAGCAGCCGGGGCUCGGGGCUGAGAGCGGCCGUGGGGCCGCCUCCCCGGGCCCCCUGGCUCCGCCAUGUUCCGCAGGGCACGCCUUAGCGUGAAGCCGAAUGUCAGGCCUGGUGUAGGCGCCAGGAGCUCCUCCGCUCCCAACCCCCAACGUGGACAAGAGGCUCCCAGGCCCCCGGAUACUGCAGCCGCUUCUUCCCCGAAGCCAGCGGAGUCUACAGAUGUGCCCCCGGUGGAUUUCGGGGGAACGGAGCCGCAAGAAAACCCUCCCAGGAGCAGUGAUGAAAAGACUGACAAUGAGAAUUAUGUUGAAGAAUCCAGUAAGUCUUCCUCUGCUGUUUCACAGAGAAGAAAGCGAAUAUCAAGUACUACUCUGGUUAAGCCUGGUGUCAGUGUUCCUUCAGAAUCUCAUCCCUUAUCUACAGUUAAUCAAGAAGUUCCACAGCCAAAGCCUAUUUCAACAAAAGAGAAACAGCCAUGUUCAGACAGAUACCGAAUAUAUAAAGCCCAGAAACUAAGAGAAAUGUUAAAAGAAGAAUUGAGAAAGGAGAAGAAACAAUGGAAAAACAAAUAUGCCAUAAAUGAAAGUCAGAAGCCACCAGAUCGUUCAAAAAUGACUAUGAGAGAUUUCAUAUAUUACCUGCCAAAUAAUAAUCCAAUGACUUCUUCACUGGAACAAGAAAAGAAAACUGAAAAAUCAUUGACACCAGUCCAGACAAGAGAGCAAGAAGGUAAAAGUACUCCUGAUGCUGAAGGUCAUGAAGAAGUAGAAGAAGAAGUGGAUGACGGGCCAUUGCUGGUUCCUCGAGUAAAAGUGGCAGAAGAUGGUUCCAUUAUUUUGGAUGAAGAAAGUUUAACUGUAGAAGUUUUAAGGACAAAAGGCCCCUGUGUUGUUGAGGAAAAUGACCCCAUAUUUGAGCGUGGUUCUACAACUACAUAUUCCAGCUUUAGGAAAAACUAUUAUUCUAAACCAUGGUCGAAUAAAGAAACAGAUAUGUUUUUUUUAGCCAUCAGCAUGGUAGGAACUGACUUUUCUAUGAUUGGACAGCUUUUUCCUCACAGAGCAAGGAUAGAAAUUAAGAAUAAAUUUAAACGUGAAGAGAAAACAAAUGGAUGGAGAAUAGACAAAGCCUUCCAGGAAAAGCGCCCUUUUGACUUCGAUUUUUUUGCUCAUUUGCUUCAGAAAGUUCUUGCUGAAGAAGAGAAAAGAAAACAAAAAUCUGUUAAAAAUCAGAGUUCAAAGGAGAAGAAAUCUUCUAAACCACGGAAAAACGUAAAAGCAAAAAAAGUUGCCAUUGAAGGAGGAAAUGAUGAUCCAGAUGAGUCUCUGAGCAGCAAAAUUUCAGAUACAGAACAGUCUCAAAAGGAUGCUCAAACGGGUGAAGAAGAACAACAGUCUCAGACUUUAUCAGAACAGGAUUCAGAACAGAUUGCAUUAGAAACAGACCUAAAUCAAAAGAAAAAAAGAAGAAAGAAUCAGGAUGAAACUGGUAAACAGGAAGUAAAGAAUCUUUCAGGAAAUGCCACUGUUCAGUUAGAUCAUUCUAGAGGAGAAAAACACAUAAAUAACAGUCAGUCUUUAAGGCCUGAGAUGAAUGAAGAUGAAGGCAAUAAGGAACAGAAGCUUUCUUGCAUACAAAAUAUAGAUGACAUUGUGGAUUUAUCCUCCAGUGAAAAAAUUGAGAAAAGAACUGAUCCUAUCCUUUUAUCGAGUGGUCAACAAGAUGCCACGCCAUUAGCAGCUGAGACUUCAGAAUCAAGCCCUUCAGAUUUGCCUUUAUCAGAAGUUGAAAUUAGCACACCAAGUGAGGUUAAUAAUGCUGAAAGUAGUUGUACAGAAGAAAGCAAUGUUGACCUAAAAAAUAAAUCAUUGGAAACUGAUCAAUCAGGAAGUGUUAAACUGAUGGCAAGAAGACAACUGCAGAGACCUAAACCCAAUUUAUCAAGGGCAGUUGGGAAGAAAUCUGUUCUUUCACAAGGUAAAACAGAUGCAGAGAGCAAGAGUUUACAUGCCGAAACUUCAGUGGAAAAGAAUCAAAUGGAAAAGGAUAAAGUGAAUACAUCUGACAUUGCUGGAAUGGAAUAUACAGAGAAAGUGAACCCAGAAACUGAGACUGUGUCUAAUUGUUCUAGUUUGAGUGAAAAAAUUGGUGUUCAGGACGACGAUCAAACAAAGGCUUUAAGACCAGCACGACUAAUGAGGGGCCGACUGCAAAGGCCAAAGCCAAAUAUAGGUAAAGCUGCUGAAAGAAAAGAAAUUCUUACAUCACAGGAAAAAAUUGGGGCCAAUGUAAAAAAGAAUGAAAGUGAAUCCUGUAUUGCUAGAGAUAGUCCUGAACAGGUAGAAGAUCAGUCAUGUAAAAAUUUUGAGUUUGAAGACAUCACGUCACAAUCUGAGAAAGAAGAUAAUUUUUUUCAAAUGAAUGUUAGUGAGCGUCUAAGUAUUCAAGAGGAUAAUAAAGUCCCAGUUCUGAAAACUCGGUUACAGAAACCAAAGCCAAAUAUAGGAAGAGGAGCUAGAAGACGAGAAGUUUUCUCAAAGGAAGAGGUAUCAGAGGAGAUAGUUGCCUCGGGACAAUUGACAGCAGCUUUGGGAGAAAUUAAGAGAGUGGAAGAAACCUUACCAAGGGAGAAGAUAUCACUGGAGGCUAAUAGUACUAAGGAAAUGAAGUCACAUUUUAAAAAAACUAGAAGAGAUGUCUCUCCCAUAGAGCAGAUAGCAGAAACGAUUGACAACACUGUGGAAAUGGAGACAGAUUUGAAAGAAACUAGAGGAGAGAUUUCCUCAAGGGAGAAUAUAUCAGAGGUGUCUGAUGUCAUUGAGGAAAGAGUGACAGAUUUUAAAGAAACUGGAAGAGAGAUUUCCUCAAGGGAGAAUAUAUCAGAGGUGUCUGAUGUCAUUGAGGAAAGAGUGAUAGAUUUGAAAGAAACUGAAAGAGCAGUUUCCCCAAGGGAGAAUGUAUCAGAGAUGUCUGAUGUCACUGAGGAAAGAGUGACAGAUUUGAAAGAAACUGAAAGAGCAGUUUCCCCAAGGGAGAAUGUAUCAGAGAUGUCUGAUGUCACUGAGGAAAGAGUGACAGAUUUGGAAGAAACUGGAAGAGAGGUUUCCCCAAGAGACACUAUAUCAGCGAUGUCUGAUGUCACUGAGGAAAGAGUCACAGACUUGGAAGAAACUGGAAGAGAGGUUUCUCCAAGGGAGAAUAUAUCAGAGGUGUCUGAUGUCACUGAGAAAAGAGUGACAGAUUUGAAAGAAACUGGAAGAGUGGUUUCCCCAAGAGACAGUAUAUCAGAGAUGUCUGUUGUCACUGAGGAAAGAAUGACAGAUUUGGAAGAAACUGGAAGAGAAGUUUCCAUAAGGGACAUUAUAUCAGAGAUAUCUGAUGUCACUGAGGAAAGAAUGACAGAUUUGGAAGAAACUGGAAGAAGAGAAAUAUCCUUACAGGAAGAUGCCCCUGAGGAGGUCAGCACUACAGAUGAAGUAGAAACAGGUUUGGAAGAAACUGGAAGAGAGAUUUCUGUAAGGGAGAAUAUACCAGAGGUAAUUGAUGUCACUGAGGAGAGAGAGACAUCUGUGGAAGAAACUGAAAGAAGAGAAAUAGACACACAAGGAAAGGCCUUACAGGUCAAGACUGUAGGUGAAAUGGAGACAGAUUGGAAAGAAAUUGGAAAAGAAACUUCCCUGAGGGCAAAGGUACCUGUGGAGAUCAGUGCCUUAGGGGAGAGCGAGAUUGAUUUGGAAGAAACUGGAGAAAGAGACCUUUCCCUGAUGGAGAACAUAUUAGGAAAGACAACUGCUAUUGAAGAAACAGAGGCAGAUAUGAAACAAAGUGGACGAGCAAUUUCCUUGAGGAAUCCCAGCUCAGAGAUUAGUGCUACUGAGGAAAUGGUUGCAGAUUUGGGAACACCUAGAGAAAUGGACAUUUCCCUAAGGAAAUAUGAAGCAGAGGAGACCAGGACCUCAAGACAAAUGGAGACAGACUUAAUGCAGAGCAGUAGUGGUGGCUGCAGCACUGUGCCUUCACUAGAUACCAAAAACAUUAGCAGUGAAGUACUAUCUAUGGUACUUAUACCUGAGGCAGAAAAAAGAAAUUCUGAAAAGGAACUAUCAGGUCACUUGAGUAGUUUGAAGACUUCCUUGCAGACUUUGGAACUUGGUAAAACCGAAGACCAGGGGAUGCAAUCUCCAGAUGCUCCAGAGCAGUUUUCAGAUAAUAAUUCAAGCAAGUCUCUUCCUCAAGAACAGAAGCCAUUUGAAGUUAAACCAGCACCUUUUGUGAGAAGUCGAUUCAAAAGACCAAAACCAAACUUAGCAAGAGCAACUUUAAAGAGAGAGACUACGGAAGCAGGAAAAUUUGUACCUGGGAAGAAAUUGGAAACGGAUAAAGCUGAGACUGUUGUGUUACAGCAGAGCAGUGAACAGAUGAACACUGUCCCUUCUCAACAUGAUGUUGCUUCCCUAAUGGCAGCAGGAGAAAAAGACAAAUCAGGUCACAGUCAGGAGGAGGUUGUGAUAUUACCAUGUAUACAGACUGAAAAGGACCUUUCACCUUCAAGUUCUUCUGGUCCUCAAGAGGAGUCUCAGCCUGUGCAAGCCCAGGAAAAGGAAUUAGUUGUUUCUAUGGGGGCUCAUAAUAUAAACAGUUCCCAGCAAGAAUCCAAGGAAAGUGUUGUCCCAACCAUUCGAACAGUAAGGGGCCGACUUCAAAGACCCAGACCAAACAUAAGAAAGACUGGACAGAGGCAUAUAGAAAAAGGUGAAGCCAAAGGCAUAGUUGAGGAAGAAAAAACAGUAGUACAGAAAGAUGAAACUAAAAAACUAUUGGCUGUGCCAAAUUCUCCAGUUGGAACUGAAAUUGAAGUUGUAGCCUCCAAAGUUUCUGAAGGUAGACUACAUGAAAACCAGAGUCACAUGGUUCUUGUAGACCCUCUUCAUGUUAACAAAGUAAAUGUUUUAGAUGAAAAGAUGAGACCUGAACCUAAAAGGUAUGUUCCUAGUCCAGCACAGUUGACAAGAAGGCAAUUCCAAAAGGCUAAGCCAAAUUUGGGAAGAGCACAUGGUAAGAAGGAGGAACUAGGUAUAGAAAAAGACAGAACAGAUCAGAGUGAUGCAAGGAAGCCAGAAGAUAAUUUGCUGCAGCCAGGAGAUGAUACCCAGCUCCUUCAAAAAGAAAAGGCUGAGUUUCUGACAUCAUUGGACGUUUCAGCAAGAAAAGAUUGUAUAGAUUCCAAAGAGGCUAUUUUGGCCAAAAAAGAUACCCAAUCAGAAGUUGGACCAUCAGGAAGUGUUGGAGAAAAAACUAUAGUGGAUAAUUCUGUGUCUUCAGUUGUUGAAGUGCAGUGUGUCAGUAAACUAACAAGCCCUCCACAACUAUUGAAAGAAUCAAGUUACUCUAAAAUUGCUCUGGAUCGAAGAACAACGAUCUCUUCUUCUGAGAACGAGGUGGAUCAUGGUGGAAGGAGAAUGCAUCGAAAGAUCAAACCAAAUGUCACUAGGGGCCGUGGAUCAAAACGAAUGCGAAGUAAGACCUCUCGGAAGGAACCUCGUGCUUCCAAGUCCACGCUGGUGACUCUUCGGGCUUCUCAGGAAGAAGAUGAAGAUGAUGCUGAAGAUUUUGAGCCUGAUUAUGAAGAAGACAGUUACCAUCUUGCUCCAGAAGAAGUAAACAAAGCUCCAGUGUUUGUUCCCAUUGGUCUCAGAUCUCCCGAACCUGUUACUGCUCAAAUUGAGGAAACGAUGGAAGAGCUUGAAAUAACUGUGAAUGCACCUGAUGUAGGAUGUAUAGCUGUUGUUGAGCAUCCAGUCUCCAGCACAGAUGUGACUACUCAGCAAAUGAAACAAGAAGAAAAUUUGAAGGCAUUAUCUAUGGAAAUGACCACAGGUGAACAUACCCAAGAUGAAACAGGUACCAAUGAUGGAAGCACUGAAGCUGCUAUAACUUUACUUACAAUGGGAGAUCUAGUGUUGCAGUCAGAGAUUGGUACAGAACAGAGUGAUGGAGUAUGUGUACUUCUUGAUGUUCAUUCAAAGGAUAAAAGCUGUGUUCCUUUUAGCCCAGAUAAUGUAAAUCACAAAAUUGUUCGUGAAUGUCAGGAGCUUUCUUCACCUGUCAGUAGUACAUCUCCUUCACCAUUAGAAGAAAACAAGAUUGUAUUGGAAGAGCAAAGUACUAAAGAAGAAAUUGGUUUAGUGGAGGAAGUAAAGGAAAAUGCUAUAUCAACCAGGAAUACAACCUCUGAUGUGACCAGUAAUUUGAGAAUGAGAAGUAGAUUUGCCAAGCCUAAGCCAAAUCUUAAGACUUUAAGGACCAGCAGGUUUGGCGUUCAUCAGGAAGUUCCCAAUUUGUUUGCAAGCCAAGGAGAAGUAGUAGAAAGUCAAACAGAAACUGAGAAAAAUGGUUCUGAAGCAAUGGGGGAAUUACAAGAUAAAAAAUUUGAAUCACUUACAACAGCACUGAAUAAUGAGAACAUCUUGGCAUGUGAACAUGGUAUUGAAGAGAUGACUAUUUCUCAAGAAGCAAACCUAACUGAAAGAAAUGAUGAUCAAGAAGAGGAAUCUCAAAAGGUUCAGUUAUUUUCAGUUGAUCCAAUUGUUUGCUCUGAAACAAAGCCCCAUACGCUUGGUUCAGAUAUGGGUCUCGGUGAGAGUUGUAUCAAAGAGCCAGAGAGAGAGGACUCUAAUGGAGACACUGUGCUUACACUUAAUGUGUCAGAGUGUACACCAAGUAGUAUGCCAGAAGUUCAACAGGAGAAUGUAAUCAGUUCUCAAGAUUUAACAGUCAAUCUAGUUGCUAACGUACAUCAAGGUGGUGAAGAUGAACAAGCAUUCAUUUUAACUCUGGUGGAAAUCCCAACCAAUGCCAUAGAAGAAUAUACUGAUACCACUGCCCAGUUAAUGCCAAACCCUUUACUGCCAGCGCCCAUAUUGAUCAAGUCCGUGAAUACAGAAGAAAGGAGUGACGUGAGUAUGAGUUUUCCAGUAACUUCAGUUGGUCAGGAUGCCAUGUGUAUAUCUGAUUCUGGAAGAGAGGAUUCUGAAAAGCUUCCUGCUAAUUUGGAUCUUAUAACUAGGAAGAGAUUUCAUUGUACGCUUGAUGAAAGUGACCAUGUUCCUCCUGCCAAAAAAAGUUCACUCACUUCAAGAGAUGAUUGUCAAAAUUAUACCUCUGAGGGGUGUUCAGAGGAAAUAAGUGUUGAGGAAACAGGGGAGUCUUACAAGGGACAAGAUACCUUCCCUACCUCAGGAAGCACACAUACAACUCCAGAACCUCAGAAAGAGCAACUUGAACCAACUUUGCAGUGUAUAGGAUCUCAGUCUCUUGAUGAAAUAAUAGACACGCAUGCAGAAACGAGUACACCUCAGUUACCUCAGAAUGAGAUGAUUGUCUCUGAUAAGGAAGAGGGAACUGGUGCUGCUUCAAAGUCUGAACAAAUGGGUAGCAUCACAGCAGCUUCAAAAACCCCAUUAUCCAGACCUGGCAGAAGACCCCUGGGAUUUUUGUCUUUAAUAUGUUCAAAGAAUAGUUUGGAGUCUGAUGAACCUACUCAUGUUUAUAAUAAGAAACGCCUAAAGCCUUUUAUACCUACACUAAGACAGAAUUUGAAAAGAUCAAAUCCACUCAAUGAAAGCCAGAAAAAAACCCAAGAGUCCUCUGAUCUGCUUCCAUCUCCAAGUGUUGUUGUUAAUACCGAAUCUGAGAAUAUUGGCAGUUCACCAGCUCAGGUUUCUUAUGAUCGUCCCUUACCAAAAGAGGAAUGUAAAACUGGCCAAACCCGGGCACCUGAAGAGGGGCCAACCACAGUCUCUGAAUAUUUUUUUAGUGAUAUAUUUAUUGAAGUGGAUGAAACAUAGUAAAAGUCUUUUUUGUUGUUUGUUUGUUUUUUUUUUCAAAGUCUAGGAUUUCCAGAGUCAAUUAUAUCACCUAAGCAGUAUUUAGAAAAAAGCAUCACUGGCUGUUUUUCUUUAGAUUGACUUUAAAUAUUUAAUGAGCUUGAUUUGAAGCUUUUAUAAUCAUUGGAAAACAUUGCUGAGGUUCCUUUCAUUCUGAUUGAUUCAGCAUUUUGGAAAUACAAAGCAAUUAAGACUGCUUCUGAGACAGAAAAAGCUUCUCUUGUUUACAUUUUUACUCUUCCUGUGCUGAACAUACAUGGACAUUCUGGAGUGUUUUGGAUAAAUGUUUAUGUAUAAAUCACAGUGCCCAAGUAUUCGGAGGUGGAUUGUAUUUAACACUUAGUGAACUUCUUUUGUAAAGGUUUUUUUCUGGGGUCUUUUUUUGGGGGUGGGAGGUUUUUUUGUUGUUGUUGUUGUUGUUGUUCUUUGUUGGUUUUGCGGAAGGCCUUUUCAGUUGCCUCUCGGUAUAUGAAAGCAUAUUGUGAAACUCCACUUUAGUAUGGUAAAUGUUAAAAACUUUUCUAUUUUCAUCUAUUUGACUGGAAAAUAUGUAUUUUUCUAAUUGAUGUUGAUGUAACAUUAGUCCUAAUUGAACAAGUAAGUAGUAUUUAAACUUAUUAUUUAUAAAGACGAAACAUCAAAAAGUUUAUUUAUUUUUAAAUUGUUUAUUUAAAAGAAUAUUCAGUUUUAAUUAUUUUCACCACUCAGAUUAUGGGUAAAGAAGGCAUUGAGAAAUUUAUGUUUGUCCCUUUUCCCUCUUUAAUUUUAAAGAUAUUUAAAGUUAUAUCACUAAAGUAUUUGGAUAGUAUAUGUUUUGAAUACAUUUUUUCUCAUAGUUUAGUAUAUUGAAUUUGUACUGUGAAUUUUUGGUUUUUGUUAUUUCUUGGAUAAUCUCAGGAUUUGAUUGGGGGAAAAACCCUUAAUUUAUGAGGGAGAUUUACAUACAAAACUCAAUCCCCUUUACACAUACAUAUGCUUAUACACAUUCCUGUUUUAAAAAACUGAUUUCUUGAUAGUUUUUUUCCCCCAUUAAAUUUUGCUUAAGGAACACUCAGACCUUUAAGCAUCGAACAUAAUUGUGAUGUUAAAGCAGAAAAUAAGAGAAUAAGAUUUUGUUCAGUGAUUAUCAUCAGUAUUAAUUUAAGGGUUGUUUUUAAUUUUGAAAUUUUGUUAUUUACAUAUGUAAUUCCAUUAUCCACCCAAGCAAAUCUUUGGUGGUGGUUCACAUCAAACUUCUUAAAAGCAAAUUUAAUCUUCUAUUUGAAAAGCCUCAGAGCAGGAGUCAAAAUAUUUUCCAGAAAAUAUUUUUGAACUUGUGGGCCAGAAGGAAUCUGUGGCAACUACUAAACUCUGCUAUUUCAGUGUGCAAAUAGCCAGGGGACACUUAAGUGAUUGACAUGGCUGGAUUGGGCUUUUAGUUUGACCCCUACGUUAGACAGCAAUUUUCAUACCUUAAGGUGCUGACAUCUUUAUCUUAUCUAUGAAAUAUUCAUCAUUGAAGUUAUGAGUUGUGCAUCACAGUUAAAACUGUGUUGAUUGAUUGCAUUACAAAAUGAUCAGUAUUUCAGCUGGGAAAAUAUUUUAAUGUCUAGAUAACUGUAUAUUGAAAAAAAUUGUGGCCAGUUUUUGAGUUCAUUAGUAAAAUCGGAUAUGGCUCAACAAUAACAGCUUAUUCAUUGCUUUACAGUGAAAUUUACAAUUUAACUUUUUUGUCAUAAAGGAAGAUCUAUAAAUCUGGGUGGAAAUUCUCAAUAGGUAUGCAUUAAUUUAUUUUGUGUGAUUAAGAUGUCACAAAAAAAUCAUGGUAUUAAAUCACAUUGCCAUUUUAAUGCCCUGUUUUUAUAAAAUUUUUUAAAGUCUCAUAUUCUGAAAGUUUCUUUCAUUCAGUUAAUGUUAGUUUCAGUGUUAAGUUGCCACAGUUAAACUUUUAUUUUAUCCCUUGUGUAAUAUUUAUUUUUUAACUUUGCUAACAUCUGUCUCAUACAUCUAUAAUGAAUUGGUUUUAUGGAAGAUAUAAUUUCUUACUGUAUAAGAAAUAAUUUUAUCUUUGGGCAUUCAUUGUGUUAGAGAAUCAAGUCAGCCAGCUAAAUUGUCCUACUAUUAUAUCCUUAAAACUAAUCUGGGAAAAUGAGAAAACGUAAUCAGUGUCUUUACCUUACAAGGUGGAAAGAAUUAGUCACACCUAUAUUUAAUCUGAUUCAUGUAAAGAUGAUGUUGUGAAGAAUUGUAUAAAUCUUAAAAGAGGUAUGAAUAAUGGUUUUGUUUUCUUGACUUUUCCUCCUGAAAACUUAGGUCUUAGCAAGCAAUCAACAUGAUGGUUUAAAAGCCUAAUUGUUGGUAAAUGAUUGAGGCACAGAUAAAAUUAUGAAUAUCCACUGUUGACCAUAUUAUUUGAAAUAGAAGUGACCAUGUGUAUACUCUCUUGCUUGAAGGAGUUUUUGACAAAAAGCAAUAUCUGUCAUUUGUAAAUUUUCUUGUUCUAAAGAAAGCAGUUAUGUUCUAUAGGUAUAAAUUAUGUAAAUAAAAGUUAUUUUAUACUA